AUGAGACUUGGUACGAGGCUGUCGCUGCCUCAUAGCCGCCGGCUUGCCCCCUACUCGAGAGUUUACUAUUCAAGGCCUCUGCAAGCGCGUCGCUGCUUGAUUCACACCUCCCCCCUACGCCCACGUCCGGCCACAUCAGAGGAGGAACUCAGAUAUCCGGACCCUUCCAGCAAGGAACACCAUGACGUGCCGUCCUAUGAGGCGUACGCAACGCGCAUCGGCCUGGAUAAAAAUGCGACCGUCUACGUGGGCACCCGCUAUGAAUACACCGUAGCGGCCGCUCUCCGCCAGUUCGGGUUCGACCUGACCCGAAUCGGCCGCGCUGGCGACUAUGGCAUCGACCUGCUCGGGACGUGGGCUGUCCCCUCCGCCCCCCGCCCGCUGCGUGUGCUUUUGCAGUGCAAGGUCUCGUCAGCGAACACAAGGAUCGGCCCGUCCAUGGUUCGUGAGAUUGAAGGCGCCUUUACCGGUGCGCCUCCCGGCUGGCGUGGCUCCAGCGUCAUAGGAUUGCUCGUCACGCACCGGCCCUCGACCAAAGGGAUCCGCGAGUCCCUAGGCCGCAGUAAGUGGCCCAUGGGCUUCAUCUCUUGUUCAUCUGAUGGAGCGGUCCAGCAGAUGCUCUGGAAUUCGAGGGCAGAGGAAGAAGGGCUUGCAGGAAUGGGUAUUGGCGUUCGUUUGUCUGAAGCUAGCUCAGACCAGGAGUUGGUCCUGACCUGGAAGGGAAAGCCUGUCCCUUCCAACGAACAAUCGAUGAGCCAAUGA